AGGUUUCUCAUUCACAAAAAAAUGGAUCAUUUAAUUCUUUGGAGGACUCAGUUAUCAUAGUACUUCUAUACUGCCAACUGAGAUUUGUGACAGUAAAUUAAUGACAAUAAAUUUCUGCAUCAAAGGACUGCUAAAGAACUAAAAGAGGAUUUUAUAUUAUAAAAAUCCUACAGUAUCAUGAUAUUACUAAAUAAAACUAAAGAGCGCGAUUAUUAAAUUAUUAGACUUUCUAAUACAAGCACACAUGUGCAAUAGCUACUGUAUCCUGACAGUUACCAAACCUCAAAAUUAAAUGGUUUUUCUUUGUGGGAAAGGUCAUUAUAUUUGCAAGAAACCACUGAACUUUGUCAUCAAGUAUAUUUUCAGCAGAGUGUAAGUUAGGAGAAUUUACUUGAAAUAAGUUCUAGAAAAUUCCAAUUCACAUCACUGAGUGGAUUUGAUAUUAUGGCAGCAACUUACAGACUUGUGGUCAGUACUGUGAACCACUACAGCAGUGUGGUGAUAGACCGGCGUUUUGAGCAAGCUAUACAUUAUUGCACUGGAACCUGCCACACCUUUACACAUGGAGUUGACUGCAUUGUGGUACAUCAUAGUGUUUGUGCAGACCUCUUGCACAUCCCUGUGUCUCAGUUCAAAGAUGCGGAUCUGGACUCUAUGUUUCUACCCCAUGAAAAUGGGUUUUCCUCAGCUGAGGGUGACUAUCACCAGCAGGCCCUAACAGGCAUACCCAGGGUUAAGAAAGGGUCUACCUUUCAGAACACCUGUAAUUUAAAGGACAUUGCAGGAGAAGCAAUCAGUUUUGCCAGCGGGAAAAUAAAAGAAUUUUCCUUUGAAAAGCUCAAAAACUCUAACCAUGCAGCCUACAAAAAGGGAAGAAAAGUUAAGUCUGACUCAUUUAAUAGGAGGUCAGUUGAUUUUGACUUGCUCUGUGGCCAUUAUAACAAUGAUGGGAGCUCCCCAUCCUUUGGUUUACUCCGGAGUGCCUCAGUUGAGGAAAAAUCUUUGUCCCAUAGAAACUCGCUUGAUACAAACCUAACUUCAGUGCUUCUUCACAACUUCUCUGAAGAAGACCUGGUUACUCAGAUUUUGGAAAAACAUAAAAUAGAUAAUUUUUCUUCUGGAACAGACAUAAAAAUGUGCUUGGACAUCUUGCUGAAAUGCUCUGAGGAUUUGAAAAAAUGUACAGAUAUCAUAAAACAAUGCAUAAAGAAAAAGUCAGGGAGUAGCAUCAAUGAAGGAAAUGGCAGCGAUGCAAUUUCUAGCUCUGAUGCUGUCUAUGUGACUGUAAUGACCAGGUUAGCAUCCUAUCUGAAAAAGCUACCAUUUGAAUUCAUGCAGCCUGGGAAUAAUGAGGCUAUAGAUUUAACAGAACUGGUCAGUAAUACGGCAAGUUUACAACUGACUCCCUUUUCCCCAGUAUUUGGCACUGAACAGCCCCCUAAAUAUGAAGAUGUUGUCCAGCUCUCAGCCCCUGACUCUGGACAGUUUCAUACUAUAGCACUGCAAGAUGACAAACACAGUUCUAAGAAAACAGACCCAGUAAAAUCCAUUCCAAACAACUCUACAAAUCCCUUAUAUAACCCUGAGAUAAAUGAUCCCAGAAUUCUAAAAGAUGCCCAGCUUCAAUCACAGUCAUUAACCAUGAACUCUUUAGAAAAUGUUUCUUCUGGUGACCUAAUGGAAACCCUUUAUAUUGAAGAAGAGUCAGAUGGAAAGAAAGCAUUAGAUAAAGGACAAAUGACAGAGAAUGGACCCGGUCAGAAGUUGUUAAAGGUAAAUGAAGAUAGAGCAGAAUUUUCAGACUGUGGUACUCUUAAAAAAUGUCCUGCCUCAGUACAAAAUGGAAGUGGUAAGAUAUUUGAGAAACCAAUUGUUAACCUACCUGAGGAAGAUCUUAGAUCAAAAGUUCCUAAAGUUGAAGAGGGAGACCACAGAGAUUUUAUGAAUUCUAACAGUCAGGAAGAGAUAGAUAAAUUGUUAAUGGAUUUGGAAUCAUUUUCACAGAAAAUGGAGACCUCUCUAAGGGAGCCACUUGCCAAAGGUAAAAGCUCUAACUCUGUAAAUAGUCAUAGUCCGUUGACUGGUCAGCUUCCUAUAGAUCUUGAGCCUAAAUCUAAAGUCUCUUCACCCACCGAAAAAGUCUCCCCUUCUUGUCUAACAAGGAUUAUUGAAACCAAUGGACACAAAAUAGAGGAAGAGGAUAGAGUCCUCUUACUGCGAAUUCUAGAAAGCAUUGAAGACUUUGCUCAAGAACUAGUUGAAUGCAAAUCAGGCAGAGGGAGCCUAUCACAAGAAAAGGAAAUGAUGCAGAUUCUACAGGAAACCUUGACAACUUCCUCCCAAGCCAAUUUAUCAGUCGGCAGAAGUCCUGUUGGUGAUAAAGCCAAAGAUACUACUUCAGUGGUUUUGAUUCAACAGACUCCAGAGGUGAUCAAGAUUCAAAAUAAACCAGAAAAGAAACCUGGGACACCUCUUCCACCUACAGCCACCUUUCCAAGUAGUCCCCGACCUCUCUCUCCAGUUCCUCAUGUGAAUAAUCUUGUGAAUGCACCAUUGUCUGUAAACAUUCCACAGUUCUAUUUUCCUGAAGGACUCCCCGAUGCCUGCAGUAACUAUGAACAGACUCUAAGCAAAAUUGAAACUGCUUUCAUGGAUAUUGAAGAUCAGAAAGCAGACAUCUAUGAAAUGGGAAAAAUUGCAAAGCUCUGUGGCUGUCCUCUCUAUUGGAAAGCCCCCAUGUUCAGGGCUGCCGGGGGAGAGAGGACAGGACUGGUGUCAGCACCGUCAUUCAUUGCCAUGUGGAGAAAGUUGCUGAAUGACCAUCAUGAUGAUGCCUCCAAGUUUAUCUGUCUUCUAGCAAAGCCCAGCUGCAAUUCUCUAGAACAGGAGGAUUUUAUCCCUUUACUUCAGGAUGUGGUGGAUACACACCCUGGCCUCACGUUCCUGAAAGAUGCUCCAGAAUUCCACUCCCGCUACAUCACCACGGUUAUUCAGAGAAUAUUCUACACAGUCAACAGAUCUUGGAGUGGAAAAAUAACUUCGACAGAGAUAAGAAAAAGCAACUUUUUGCAAACUUUAGCCCUUUUGGAAGAAGAGGAAGAUAUAAACCAAAUCACAGAUUACUUCUCCUAUGAACAUUUCUAUGUUAUUUAUUGUAAAUUCUGGGAACUAGAUAGUGAUCAUGACCUCUACAUCAGCCAGGCUGAUUUAUCUCGAUACAAUGACCAGGCUUCAUCAAACAGAAUUAUUGAAAGGAUAUUCUCUGGGGCAGUAACAAGGGGAAAAACAGUUCAGAAAGAGGGAAGAAUGAGCUAUGCAGACUUUGUUUGGUUUUUGAUCUCUGAGGAGGACAAAAGGAACCCAACCAGCAUUGAGUAUUGGUUCCGCUGCAUGGAUGUGGAUGGGGAUGGUGUACUCUCCAUGUAUGAGCUAGAAUACUUCUAUGAAGAGCAGUGUGAACGGAUGGAAGCCAUGGGCAUUGAGCCCUUGCCAUUCCAUGAUUUGCUGUGCCAGAUGCUUGACCUGGUGAAGCCAGCCACUGAUGGCAAAAUAACGCUACGAGAUCUGAAGAGAUGCAGAAUGGCACAUAUCUUUUAUGACACUUUCUUUAAUCUGGAGAAAUACUUAGACCAUGAACAGAGAGAUCCCUUUGCGGUCCAGAAGGAUGUUGAGAAUGAGGGGCCUGAGCCUUCGGACUGGGACAGGUUUGCAGCUGAGGAAUAUGAGACUCUUGUUGCAGAGGAAUCUGCCCAAGCACAGUUCCAGGAAGGCUCCUUUGAAGAUUAUGAAACAGAGGAACCUGUCUCUCCCUCUGAAAUUGGAAACAAAGGCAAUAAAAGUAAAAUAGUAACCUCAAGCCUUUCAGAGAAAUGUGGAAAGCUUCAGUCAGUGGAUGAAGAGUAGCUGCCAAUGUCUUGAAAGAGAUACGUAUUUUAAAUGUCUUUUUCUUGUGGAGAUGCUCCAGUUUGCAUACUGCUUUUUAAAGGCUUUGAUUUCUACAAGUGUGUAUCUGCACUAGGAUCUUUAAAACAUUUUUAAGCAAUAGGUCUGGAUACACAUACUCAAUUUGGGGGACUCCUCCAAUUUGCCUCAAACCUCUUGCAGAGCUUUUCCUCCAAAUAAAUCAGUGAUAUACACCUUCCAAAGUCUGUGAAUCAGCACUCUUCACCCCUGAAUGUACCAAGGAUAUCUCGGGGACAGUGCCAAGCACAGUUCUCUGCACAAAAGCAGGAGUUGCCUCUGUUGUCCAGCAUCCCUGAGGCCCCUCAGGGCUCCUAUGGAGCCCAGAAGAAACCUUUAUUUGCAGAAAACUUGGUCAAAAACAUUCUGGAACUUAAAAAAGCAGUUAAGGGCCUCCAGAAGUGACUUACCCCUGGUAAUAAAAGCACUGCCAAAACAUCUCAGAGACUUUUUAAAUGUGUACUGGAGUUCAAAGAUCUUGAACUUACUUAAUAUAAUUUCACAAUGACCUGC